AUGGCCAGCGGCAUACGAUUGAAUCGGUUUGGGGUCGAUACGAAACUUACAAGUCCCACCAGACCAAGAUGUCUCCCAUGGGCUUCUACCAGUAUUGGUUCGAUGUAUGCGACGCCUGGCGCGAGGAACAAGGCCACAUAUGCUAGUGCUUUGGAUGUCCCUGUGAAGCCGACGGAGACCUCCAUGUCACCAUUGGCUCGUCUUCCGACAUCCAGUGUACUUCGAAGUCUGUUUCUGAGCAUAUUCUUCACGUCACCAUUGCUGUUCCGACCGGGUCUGGCAGUGUUCAAAGCUAUUGCAACUUCCGAAUUGGCUUUGCUCAAUCCCGACAGAAAUCCUGUGCUCCGAGCCGUGAUUCGGCCAUUAGUUUAUGACCAGUUCUGCGCUGGCAGAAACGUGGCUGAGAUCAAGAAGACAUCGUCCGCGAUUAAGCAGCUGGGCUUCUCUGGCGUUGUUCUUUGUUAUGGCAAAGAAGUACAGCUCGAUGCCAACAAUAAACCCUAUGGGUACGGAGAGGGUCAGAUGCUCAACUUGGAGGAUGAAGUCAAGCAAUGGCAGACCGGGUAUCUCAAUACCCUGAAAAUGGUUGGCCCAGGCGAUUGGCUUGGGGUCAAGCUCACCGGAGCUGGCUUAAAUAUCACAAAGGCGCUCCUUGACGGUCAAUCUGCACCAAAGGAGUUUGUCGAGGCAAUGGAGGUUGUGUGUAGGCAAGCACAAUCCCAGGGCUGUCGGAUUUGGAUCGACUCCGAACAGCAGGUGCUGCAAAAGACGAUUGACGAAUGGACGUUCGAUCUCAUGCGGCGGUGGAACAAAGGCGACAAAGCCUUGGUAUUCAACACUGUGCAAGCUUAUCUGAAAUGCUCUCGGGAUAAGGUUGAGCAUCAGCUACAGGUCGCCGCCAAAGAGGGUUGGCGCUCCGCAAUCAAGUUGGUGCGCGGCGCAUACAUGAGCAACGACAAACGGGAGCUCAUCCAUGAUACGAAAGCAGAAACAGACGCCUGCUACGACAGCAUAGUGGAAGACUUGCUCCAUGGAACCGGGUUCUCCGCUUUUCAGUCAUCCCCCGAACUGAAGCACGAUCUGGUCCUAGCUGGACAUAAUACAAAGACCAUCCGGCGCGCGGCGUCAAUGGCAUCUGACCUUGCCUCACGGAGGCAGUUGAAGGUUGUACCAGAGUUUGGCCAACUUCAAGGCAUGGCCGAUGAUAUUGGCUGCGAACUCUUGCAGCUCGGCGAGAAUGCUAGCCGUAGCGCAGGAUCUGGCAUGUCUUUCGUGCCGAGGGUCUACAAAUGCUUGACGUGGGGCUCGGUUCGAGAGUGCAUGCAAUAUCUAACACGAAGGUUGGUGGAGAAUAGAGGCGCGGCGGACAGGAUGCAAGAAGGUGCUGUUCAGCUGAGGCAGGAACUCUGGCGAAGACUCAGUUUCAGGUCUUCUUGA